AUGGCCGACGUUCACUCCGACAGCAGCAUGGACGACUCUCUUGAGAUGUUCAAGCGACGAAGCCGAAUGACUCGGUGGCGACAAUACCUCGCCGAAGACGCCAGCAAGGAAUGGGCCGACCUGAUCUUGAUCGUCACGUGCUUCAUAUCCGGGUUGGUCGACAGCGCCGUGUUUAAUGUGUGGAGUUGCUUCGUGAGCAUGCAGACAGGAAACACCGUCUACGUCGGACUCGGCAUGUCCGGACAGCCACUCAGUCAACCAUACCGAUGGGUCAAGUCCGGCACGGCCAUCCUCAGCUUCUGCCUGGGCACGUACUUUUUCAGUCGGGUCUGCCGGUUCUUCGGCCCCCUGCGACGCGGCACACUGUUCGGCUCGUUCAUCUUCCAGGCCCUGCUCUGUUUCAUUGCCGGCAUUCUCGUCGUCAGCGGCGUCGUCCACAAGGACGCGGGCAACCAGCUGCCGCGCAACUACAUCGUCCUCCUGCCGCUGGGCUUGCUGUCGUUCCAGUCGGCCGGCCAGAUCGUCAUGAGCAGAAUGCUGCUGUACAACGAAUUGCCGACCAUCGUGCUGACCAGCACCUACUGCGACUUGAUGUUCGACCCGCUGCUGUUCACCGCGCCGCUCACGCAGAAUCCCAAGCGGAACCGCCGAUUCGUGUCGGCGGUGGCGCUCGUCCUGGGUGCGGGACUCGGCGGCGUCUUGACCAAAGGCGGAGACAUCUCCGAUCCGCUGUGGAUCGCCGGCGGGAUCAAGGUUGUGCUCGGCUUGGUCUGGGUGUUCUGGAGAGCAGAGGGCGGCACCAUUCGGUUGCAAUAG